UUGCGGCCAGUUAGUGUAUUGUGCAGCAGGAAAUGGCAAAGUUCCUGCUAAAAUCGUGUCACAUAGUGUUAAUUAGUGUACUGUGCUUGAGUUUAACGACAGUGAAGGCGCAAAGAACCAAAGACGACAAGAAAAACGAAGAAUUUGAGUGCCCCCAAGGGGUCGGAAAUGGCAAUUUUGCAGACCCUGCCACUUGUCGGCGCUUCUAUCAGUGUGUGGAUGGUUAUCCCUACUUGAACCGUUGUCCCUCGGGACUGUUUUUCGACGACAUUAGUAAAUUUUGCACGUUCAAAAACGAGGCUCGUUGUGGACCCAUUGCUUCAACACCUGCCCCCGUCACCGAACCCCCGACUGACUUAGCCCCCAAGUGCAACACAGGGGAGUGCGAACUCCCGUAUUGUUUCUGUUCCAAAGAUGGGACAAUAAUUCCAGGGGGACUGGACCCAGAAGAGACCCCGCAAAUGAUUCUUAUGACUUUUGACGGCGCCAUUAAUUUGAAUAAUUACGACCAUUACAAGAAAGUUUUUAAUAAAAAGCGACAAAAUCCCAACGGGUGUGAUAUUAGAGGGACGUUCUUUAUCUCGCAUGAAUACAGUAAUUAUCAAAUGAUUCAAGGACUGGCAAGUGAUGGUCACGAAAUGGCCACGGAAACAAUCUCUUUGCAAAUGGGUUUGCAAGACAAAGGCUACGAGGAAUGGGUUGGGGAAAUGAUCGGCAUGCGGGAGAUUUUGCGCCACUUCGCCAACAUCUCCAAGAGUCAAGUUGUGGGCAUGAGGGCCCCCUUUUUAAAGCCUGGACGCAACACGCAGUAUAAAGUUUUGGAAGAUUUCGGUUACAUUUACGACAGUUCUAUUGGCGUUCCGCCUUUAGCUGUGCCAGUUUGGCCGUACACUUUAGAUUACAAAAUUCCACACGAAUGUAAAUCGGGGUCUUGUCCGACUAAGUCAUUCCCCGGAGUUUGGGAAAUUCCCCUAAAUGCACAUUUCGUGGACGGGUAUGAAGGGGGCCAUUGUCCCUACUUGGACCAAUGCGUUUUGCACAAUCAUGACGCUCAGGAAGUUUUCGAGUGGUUGCAGGAAGAUUUCAACAGGCAUUACGAACAAAACAGGGCCCCUUACAUGAUGCCCUUCCACACGAAUUGGUUCUCGAUUAAAGAGCUGGAGCAAGGGUUGCAUAAAUUUUUGGACUGGACUGUGACGCUGCCCGAUGUUUGGUUCGUCACGGGCACGCAAGCCCUGACCUGGAUGACGGACCCGAAAACGAUCAAAGAAUUGAACAAUUACGAAGGGUGGAGUUGUAAAAACAAGGCCAAUUUGCCGCCCAAAUCGUGUAAUAACCCCAAUAAGUGUGCGCUUAAUUUCAAAACUCCCGACUUAAAUUUCACGGAUACGAGAUACCUAGAGACUUGUAACGAUUGUCCUAACCAGUAUCCGUGGUUAGGGGAUGCUGAAGGGUCUGGGAUUGCAGGAAAAGACAACUACGUUCCUGAUAACGUUAGAAAAUAGUACAAUGUCAUUUUUAGUUAUAGAUUUUUUAAUUUUCAAACCAAAAUGUUUAGGUAAUAUCAGUAAGUUUAUCUAUUAUUUAUGUGUAGGUUUUAU